AUUAUUUAGUAAGUCCCAGGAUAUUGUUAAACUUCUCAUGUGAGAAGAGUAAAAAAUUGAAAAUAUAUUAAGAUUAGUUAAAAUAUUAUUAAGUUCAAUAGCUUUCACAUGAGAUUUUGUUGUUUAUGAAACUAUAACCUUGAAAUAACUCAUCAAUUUGAAGAUUAAAUUAAAGGAGUUUGAAGAGAAUAUUUCCAAUUGCCCUAUUUUCGCUCAACAUUUAAAGCAGACCGCAUCGGCAUCGGGAUAACGCAAUCUUAAGAAAUGGCAUCGAAUAAAGAGGAAAGUGGAAAAGAUAGUAGUUCUUCCAGUGGGCAGAGAGGUAGGUCGUCUGUUGGCGGUCUUCCGAUUAGAUUGCAGGGAAGGUCUACAACUUUAGGCGGAAAACCUAAGAAACAGUUCACGCCAAACGUUAAUGUUAAAAGACAAGUAAAAGAUGAACCAAUCGAUUCCCUACCAAGUGAAAUAUCUAACCGUGGAAAGAAGUCAGGACGAGGAAGGGGAAGAGGAAGAGGUAGAGGUAGAGGGGAAGGACGUGGAAGAGGCCGAGGUCAAGCCAGUCCCAACGUUAUACAAGCAAAAUCUAUUUUUGAAGAUGGAUUAGCCCCAGCCUCUGCCAGAAAAUAUAAAUCCGAAGCCCCAGUCAGCAAAUCUGAGAAAGGUAGCUCUGCAAAAUCAGUUAAAUUUAAAGAGGAGUCCUCACAUGAUAUUGAUGAACUUAUGGCUGACGACUUUAUAGCCGAUGUUGCUGAAGGGGAAGAUGAUGAUGAUCCAAUGAGACCAAUUAAGUUAGAAACACCAGUUUCACCUUCCAUUGUAAAAACAGAGGAUAAGAUAAAAAAGGAUGCUCUUGAAUUUGAGGGAACAAAGGACGAAAACAUACCCGAAUUAUUAAGAUCUUUACAAAUUGACGACAGUGCCACCUAUCCUAAUUACAUGUUUGUUCAGUUACCCGAUGUUCUACCUGGUCAGCCCUCAAGAGUGAAGGGGGAGACUGAUCAGGUGGAAAAUGAAUCAAAUCAGGAUAAAAACUGCUUGUCUGACUUUAAAGAAGGUCGUAUAGGAACAGUUGUUGUACAUAAAUCAGGGAAAACUAUACUUCGCCUAGGUAAUGUUGAAUUAGAUUUAUCGGUAGCUGCUCCUUCGACAUAUUAUCAGGAAUUGACAUCAAUUCGUUUACAUGGAGAGGAAUUCGGAGAAAUGAUAUCAUUAGGACCAGUCAAUCAAAAAUUAAUAUGUACACCAGAUUUAAAUCAACUGUUGAAAAAACGCUAA